CCGAGGUUGCAGGACAAAAACGCAAGAAGCAGAGGUGCGUUUAAACUUUAACUCCCUUUAUUCACUCCAGUUAUAUGUCACUGCUUCUGUACAACUUUGGCCUAGUACUUCGUAACCUACAGGCUUAUCAUGAUUAAUCGAAAUUCAACGCUGGAUUCGCGUCGUUUGGGCAAAGUGAAGCCUGUCUUGGUUUGUGACCAGAAAUGGACCACACGUACGGACUCUCGGGAGAAUCAUGGCCGCCGAGAGCUGCAGCUGAGCCGGCUGGGCUGCCGGGAAGCGCCCCGGAGACCGAGGGAAACGCCAGUGAUUCUGGAGGAUGUGGGACAACAAUACGUGGGAAUGAGUCUGCCAGUUUGUCGUACCCAGGCUGGAAAAAGAGCUGAUAUUGUUUCCCUGCAGAGGCAUCUGGGACACGCCAGGCGCUUGGCAUCAGCAAUUAAGCGGGGCCAGAGCUACUUCCACCUCCUGCGGAAAGAGGAACAGGAGGAGCAGGAGGAGGAGGAGAGGCAGCGGAUGAGGAGCGAGGAGCAGCUGAGAACAGAGCCACGACCUCCCAGUUUCUCGUCUGACUCAGACAGCGAUUCAGAAGCUUCUACUGCUGCUACUUCUGUCUACUCUGUACGGCACCUAUUGCAGGCUGCCACUGCUUGCAGGAACCAGCUGGUCAGCAAGGCCACGCCGGAAGAAGAGCCAGUCAGCACGGCCUUUCACCCCUGUCCAUCACUCUUUGACCUCCCCUCUGCUGAGUCAAGCACCGAGGUAAGAUUGAGAUGGAGCUGUGCAAAACCCACUCCGCACCCUCCACCCAAGCAGCUAGAAAGCAGCCGCAUGCUUGUUUCUUCGCAGCUGCUUUGCUUUGUCCUUCAGCCUGUCACUUUCACUAUUUAA